AUGGCCGACCUCAAAGAACCGCCACCAUCAACAACACCACCUAAAUCCUCAACCAUCACCACCGAAAAUGCACCACCACCACCACCACCACCACCACCAACCACCACCACCACGCGCGCCCUCCGCGGCGCAUCCCUCCUCAUCCUCCUCCAAAUCCUCUCCCGCGCCCUAACCUUCAUCGCCAACCAAAUUCUCCUCCGCUUCCUAACCGCCUCCCUUCUCGGCGUCUCCACGCAAUUAGAAGUCUACUACCUCUCCGUCAUCUUCUUCGCUCGCGAAUCGUUGAGGGUGGCCAUUCAAAGACAAGAUACCACUGCUUUAUCCGCAUCUCUUUCCGGGACCGCCAAAGAUGCCGGUGGCCCGGCCAAUACUGCCGUGGCCACUCAGGCACUAAUAAAUCUUUCGCACUUAACCACGCUGCUCUCUCUCCCUUUGUCCGUUGCGUUCGGGCAUUUGUACCUGACUUCCCUCUCCCCUGCCACGCUGGCUACAACGCCGUACUUGGCUCCCAGCCUCUAUAUCUACGGCCUUGCUGCCAUUUUGGAAUUGCUGUCGGAGCCAUGCUUCGCGGUGAUGCAAAUCCGGAUGCAAUUCGGCACCAGAGCAGCGGCCGAGAGCGUGGCGACUUUUCUGAGAUGUUUCGUGACGCUGGGGAUAGCGGUCUGGGGAGCGAAGAUGGGGAAGGAGAUGGGGACGUUGCCGUUUGCGAUGGGGCAGGUUACUUAUGCGGUGGGAUUGUUGGGGGUUUAUUUGGUGAAGGGGUGGGGGUUGGCUGCUAGGGAAGGGUUCUUUUUGCUACCGAAGAGGAUGGUUACUGCUUCAAGGGAAGAUGGUGGAAGUGAUGGGGGUGGGAAAGACGAGAAGAGGAUGGAGGUUGAAGUUGGGAACGGAAAGAGAGCAGCAAAAGAUUUUGUGAUGGGAUACUUCUACCGCCCCACGCUCGACCUCGCCUCCAGCAUGAUGGCGCAAAGUGUCGUCAAGCACAUCCUCACGCAGGGCGACACUUUUCUCGUCAGCAUCUUGUCGACGCCCACGGCGCAGGGGGUUUACGCUUUGGCGAACAAUUAUGGCGGAUUACUUGCGAGACUGGUUUUCCAGCCGGUGGAGGAGAGUAGUAGGACUUAUUUUAGUCGGUUGUUGGCUGAUUCUAGCUCCGCUGACGGUUCUAGCCCUACCACCUCUUCCCCAUCUACCUCCUCUCCCAAGGCUUCCACUUCCCCUACCACCCCUUCUUCGUCUACAAAGUCCUCCACCAAGAAAAUCUCCCAGUCAGCCCUAUCCCAGGCCUCAACCUCCCUCCUCACCCUUCUGCGUUCUUACAUCCUCCUCUCCCUACCCCUCCUAGUCUUCGGUCCACCCGCUUCCUCUCCCCUCCUAACCCUCGUCGCCGGCCGUCGCUGGUCUGUCCCUUCCACCAGCAGCAGCACCACCACAGACUCAGCACCCGCCACAUUGGCUUUAUACAUGUAUUACAUCCCCCUCCUAGCCCUAAACGGGAUUCUCGAAGCUUUUGUUUCCAGCGUGGCUUCCGAAAAGCAAGUUCAUCGGCAAUCGUUGUUCAUGACGGGCUUUUCGAUAGUCUUUGCUGGGACGGGAUACUUGACGCUGAAGGUUUGGGGGUUGGGUGCUAGGGGGUUGGUGGUUGCGAAUGCGGUGAAUAUGGGGCUGAGGAUUUUGUGGUGUUGGGGGUUUAUUGGGGGGUGGUUUGCUGAACGGGUUGGGAAGACUGGUGAAAAGGAUGGUGGAAACAAAGAUGGUGGAAACAAGGAUGGGGGAAAAGUGAGGGUUGGAGUAUUGGAGGUUCUGCCAAAGCCGGGUGCGGUAGCGGCUGCUGUUGUUGCUAGGAGUGUUGUUUCGCGGGUUGUUAGAACAAGUCAGGAGGUGAUAGGUGCGAAGGAGGCGAUUUGGGAGUUAUUCAAGAGAUUGCCGGGUGGCGGUGCCUUUUGUUGUUGCUGUUGCCAUCGCCGAAAGAGAAUUCUUGCUGAGCGGGUAUCGCGCUCUUCAGGGUAA